UAUCUCUUUGAUAUUCUGAGUUUAUGAAACAUUAUAUUUUGUUCAACUCUAUCUUCAAUGGCUUUCGCUCAUAUCAUUUCUCUAAUAAAUACAAUCGAGUUCCAUUUUCUACAGCCUCUUCCGUGUUUGAUUUUUGAUGAUAAAGAAAUGGUGGAAUCUUUGUGCGAAAAGAUUCGAAAAUUGCAAGGCUUUUUGGAGGAAUCUCACAAGAACAACAACAUCUUCAUCAGCAACCAGGCAAGGAGAGUGUUGGAGUCAAAGAUCAGAGGUGUAGCUCAUGAUGCAGAAGGAUGGAUUGAAUCAGAUUUGCAUCGACUUUAUAUGCGCUUUAACAGUGAAGAGCGCCCAGUCAAGACUUCUCAGAGUCUUUAUCAAACCUUGCAGCAAUUAAAACGAAGAAUUGAAUCAAUUGAACGGAGGUAUCAUCAGAUUGAGAGAAAUAGCAACCAUUCUGUUGAGCUGCAAAGAAGAAACACAAUAGAGAAUAUCAAAGCUAGUAGUUUCUCUCAACCUCCAUCUUCAGAUCUCAAGAAUGUUGUACUGGUAGGACGAGAUGAUGAGUUCCUUACCAUAAUGCAGAAGCUCAUUUCAGAUUCAGAAAAACGAGAAGUCAUUUCCAUCACGGGGAUGGGAGGUAUCGGGAAAACUACCUUAGUUAAAAGAAUCUAUGAAGAUGUAGCAAUUAUUUCUCAUUUUGAUGUUCGAGCAUGGAUUACCGUGUCUCAAGAGCAUAACUUUAGAGAAAUACUCAUUGCCCUUCAUGGUUCUAUUGUUUCUAAUGGAGUAGUAGGCAACUCCGAUCUCGAAGAUGAGCUACGUCGGAAGCUGACUAUUCGGAGGUACCUAAUUGUCAUAGAUGAUGUAUGGAGCAUUGAAGCGUGGGAUGACAUCCAUAGAUGGUUCCCAAAAGAAGAUGUCAAUGGGAGUCGAAUACUAUUGACUACACGACUCAAACAAGUGGCUGAUUAUGCUAGUUCAGGUAACAAUUCUCUUGACAUGCGAUUCUUAAAUUUCAAUGAAAGUUGGAAUUUAUUUUACAAAAAAGUAUUUGAAGAGAAAAAAAUUUCCUGUGAAUUUGAGCCCGUGGGUAGAGGUAUUGUUACAAGAUGUCAAGGAUUACCUCUAACAAUUAUUGUGGUUGCUGGGCUUCUCACUUCAUCCAACAAGACAUCCUUAAGGCAGUGGGGGAACGUUGCUGAAAAUUUGAAUUCGCUGCUUAAUACAGAUCCCGAAGAAAAAUGUUCAAAAACGCUUUCACUAAGUUAUGAAAACUUGCCUAUACACUUGAAAGUUUGUUUUUUAUAUUUUGGUGUUUUCCCAGAAGAUACCGAGAUUUGUGUGAAAGCAUUGAUUAGGCUAUGGGUUGCCGAAGGAUUUUUAAAGCAGGAGUUGAAUAACACCAUGGAAGAAGUAGGCGAAAAUUACUUACAUGAUCUUGUAGACAGAGGUCUAGUUCAAAUUGAUAAGCGGAGUUCCAAUGGCAAAAUGAAGUCUUGUAGGCUCCAUGAUCGGUUGCAUAGCUUUUGCUUGAGAGAAGUUGAGAGGGAGAAGCUUUUGUAUGUUAUAAAUGAGAAGAAUGUUCAUAGUGGUAUGCUCCAAAGAAUAAUGAGAUCAAUGUCAACAGGCUCGAAUCCAAAAGCUCGCCGUUGGAUUUCAAGUCAAAUAAUAAGAGAUUUGGAUGUGUCAAUUGCUCGAGCGUCCAAGGAAAUUCGUUCCAUUCUAUACUUUACAAAUGAGUUUAAAUGGACCUACUUAUCCCCUAAACCAUUUACCUUUCUUAAAUUGCUAAGGGUGUUAGACAUACGUCUAUGUUUGAUGGAUGGUAUACCCAGUGAAAUAGUGAAUCUCGUUCAUUUGAGAUACUUAGCUCUGAGAAAUGAUUCGGUUUUAAAUUUACAAUGGCUAAAGCUUCAAAGUUUGCAAAUAAUUAUUAUUAAUACUUUUGAUGAUAGUGAAUCUUACUGGGGAUCAAUGCUUCAUGUUUUGGAUAUGCCACUACUAAGGCAUGUGUAUCUUCCCAAGAGUUGUUUCCUUAAUCUCCCAAAGUUAGUUCAAGGUAAUCUGCAAACCAUAUUUUGGUUGAGUCUACCUCAACGUUUGCGAACUAAACUAGGGUUCAAAACAAUUCCAAACGUGAAAGAACUUGGAAUUUACAUUAAGGAAAAGAAUCCAUAUAAACUGCUGCCUGGUUCACUUGCCGAUUUGUGUCGAUUGGAGAACUUGAAAAUUGCAGUGGAGGAAGAUAUUUGUUCUAGGGGCUUGUUUCAACUUCCAACAGCUUUUCCAUCUAGCCUUAAGAAAUUGAAACUUAUUUAUACUUAUCUUCCGUGGGAGGAUAUGGGCAUUAUUGGAACAUUGCCCAACCUUGAGGUUCUAAAACUAAUGGGGUACGCUUUUUGUGGCCCAAAGUGGAGAACGGAGAAUGGUUUCUAUAAAUUAAAGCACUUGCAAAUUGUAGAGUCAGAUCUCAAGCAUUGGACUGUGAUUGCCGAUCAUUUCCCUGUCCUUGAAUGCCUAAUUCUAUCUUGCUGCGAGAAUUUGGAAGAAUUUCCAAGUGCUAUUGUCGAUAUUACCACGCUUCAGUUAAUCAAGUUAACCCGUUGUAGCUCUUCUAUUGUUACUUCUGCUAAACAAAUUCAAGAAGAGCGAUUGGGUUUUGGAGAUAGUCAAUUUGUUGUCCAUGACUUUCAUACAAUUUUUGGAAGUGAACCUGUGCGCCAGUUCUCAAGAAGAGAGGAUGCGGGGUAUAUUAGCUCGAAAAAGAAAUUGAUAUAUGUAAAAAAAAUAAAAGAGUAAUUUUGUAAUAAAAUAAAAAUAUUUAUGUUUUGAGAU